AUGGAAGGAAGAUUCUUCCCGGAGGACCUGAUGAUGAGCGAAAUUUUGGUGAGGCUCCCCAUAUUCUGCCUCGUGCGUUUCCGGUGCGUCUGCAAAUCAUGGUACUCUCUCCUCUCUGACCCCAAAUUCCUUUACAAAACCCUAUUCUUGGUCGAGAACGACCACCGCCGCGACGACACUAAAAUUCUUGUCAAGCUCAAGCUUAACCCUGCGGACCCACUCCUUUACUGUUCCCUCUCAUAUGAUUCUCUCCAAGUUGAAAUCCCCUAUCGAGAUUUUCCGAAUCCGAAUCCAAAUUACAAGCAACCCGGGUCGAUAAUGAGUGCAUGUGGUAUCAAACUAGCUGAGCUAGGGUUAAGAGAAGGAAGAAGAAUGCGGCACAGAAAUGGGGAACGCGCAAGAGAAUCAUUGUUCUCUGCAUUUGAUUUAUAUAUCAGUUUGUAUUGUGUUCUUCACGUUACAAAACCAGAAAGAAAGAAAAACUAA